AGGCGAAUAGCGAUAGCUAAGCGACGCUGCUUUUUAUUGGAUGGAGAGGGGUUGCAGUUAAAGUUCUUUCAUAAUAUGGAGCAUGUUAGUAAUAUUCAGCGUGACACAGUUGAAGACGUUUUCAUAGAACCUAAUUCAAAAAAUUUUGAUGAUGAUGGAUUUGUAGCAGUAUGGAUAGACUUGUUUGGAAACAAUUUCCGAGAUAAAUUUCCAAAUGAUUUUGAUGCUUGGAACGUAAAGAAGCAAUCAAGUUGGAUAAAACAGAACUUAGCGAUAUUUUUUCCAAACGUGCCACAUACAAUACUGAGCUUCAUUUCGGCUGCUUAUUGCCAAUUAGAUUUUUAUCGAUCUCCAGAAGAAUUACCUGAAUGGAUGAAUAUGGAUAAAUAUCGGAGAGGGCAAAAAUUUGUCCAAAAUCAUUAUUUCUCCAUUAUUAUGGCCAAAUUUAUGGGUCUUAUUUGUAUAUUUUCAUUCAAAGAAGGACUAUCAGCAUUUCUUCUGGGAGAACACAGUCACACUCCAUAUUUAGGAUUCAAAAAGUACAUAUCGACGAUAAUACGAAUGUCAAAUUGGUAUAAAGGAGAUCCUUGGGUUAAGGGAACUAAAGCUUAUAAGGACAUGCAAGUAACAUGCAGAAUGCACUUGGCGGUAAGAAAGAAAGUGUGUCAGAUGGAGCAUGAGCAAAUUACUUCUGCGUGUACAUUUGCAAAUCCAUGGAGUUUAGACCGUGAAUUGCUUCUGAAAGAUUUUGCUUCAGCUGGUCUACCUGAAAAAUUCGAACCUGAUAAAUUUGUCAGUAAAUUACCAUGCAAACCAAAGGGUAUAAAUAACUCGGAUUUCGCAAUUGCCCAGGGCGCUUUUGUAACUCUGCCUUUGCUCUAUUCACAAAGCAUUGGAAUAUACAACGCGACUGACGAAGAUUUGGAAGCCUUCUGCCAUAUGUGGAAGUGUUUUGGAUAUUUUCUCGGAUUAGAAGAUGAGUACAAUUUUUGCCGUGGCAGUCUCGAGGAAAUAAAACAACGUGGACGUGAUCUUCAAUAUUGGAUAAAAGAACAUUUCAAAGAGUUGACACCAGAAUGGGAGCAUACUUCGAGGUGUCUUGUCAACUCGAUUAAUUAUAUUGUAACAUAUUAUAUGCCUUUUAAGGUGAUGAUAUUAUUCAUUACAGAUGCAUUAGAUUUAAACAUGCCUCAUUUAUACGCAUCACUUAGUUAUGCAGAGUUAAUCACGUAUAAGAUCUAUAAAGCUUUAUUCUACGCAUUAAAAUUUUCAAGUGUAAGAGCUAUUAUUAAUAAAAUAGCAUUGAAACUAAUUAAUAGAGCAGCAAACUUCAAUGCGGAAAAAUUAGAAAAAAUUCACGAGCAAUCAAAAAAAAUAGUACCAGAUUUCUCUCUUACGUAAUAACAGUUGACAAAAAGUGGUUUGUCAAUAUAUUGUCAACCUGCAAUAUAUAUUAUAGUAAGGCUUUUAGAGAUACUUUGUAUUAUUAAAAAAUAAGUUAAGAAUAAACAAUUUUUAUAAUAAUUGACAAUUUUAUAAUAAAUUGAAUAUAUGUAAACAAUAUAUGUUCUUAUCUUAUUUUAUCAAUAUAUUCCUUUUUCAUAAAAAAAUAAGUUAAAACUUCAAAUAUUAUAUACACACAGAAAAAUGAUUACUAAUUCCAAGUAAAUAUUACUUGUUCUAAGCAAAUGUUUUCUUUCGAUAUCCGCAAAUCUACGGUAAACUUGCUGUAAGUAUCACAUUUACUUAAAACAUAUUCUGAAUCUUAGUUAGUGUAAUACUUGAAACAAGAAUAUUCAUUUCAAACAAAUAUUCGGUUUACUUGCUAUCUAGAGUUCAACGAAGAAAAGCGUAUAUUUGAAUUAAGAUAUCAUAAUUUCUUUUAAAAAGUUUAUCCGUUAUUUGAAUCAAAUAUAAAUUUUACUUAUCUGAAAUAAUUAUUUACUUGGAUUCCAAGUUUGGAAGAAAAAAUUAUAUUCUUAAUUAAAUUAAAUUAAAAGCGAAAUUUAUUUUUACAAUUAUGUUCUUCUUAUUUUUUAAAAUUAUUUUUAAAGACUGACAUUUCAGUCUAUUAUUUAUAUGUCGAUGGCGAAAUCUUACUUCCUUGCACGCUCUUGGCGAGUCUCUUUUAUUAUUAAAAAGGUGCAUUUUGUUCACGAGAAAACACGCCACCAGCGCUACGUAGCAAUGAGUAGCGAAAAAAAAUAGAAAAAACAUUUUCUUAAGUUGAGAAAAUAAACUUACUUGAAAGAAAAAAA